AUGCUACUCCGGCUCAACGUUGGUGGCCGCAUCUUUUGCACGUCGGAAGCAACACUUACCAAGGUCCAAGACAGCUACUUGGAGGAGCUUCUGCGUCGCGACCCGGACGUCGACGGCGCGUACUUUCUGGACUUGGACCCAACGUACUUUGAGCACAUUUUGAACCACUUGCGCUGCGACGCGCCGCUGCUCGCAAACCUCGCGCCGCACGAGAUCAUACAUGUCUCGCGCCAGCUAGAGUUCCUCCAGCUGCCGCUGCCCGUGCCGCUGGAUCGCAUGUGGGCACCCACCGACGCCAACAUGCAGCUAGUGCACACCAACUAUUGCCAGACGGUCGCCGUCACGAUGCGUACGCACCAGCGCUCGGUGCUCGCGUUGGUGCCAAGCGACCGAUUUGCGGUGCACAUGGACUUUGUUAUGUGCGGUAUCUCGAUCGGGUUGACGCCACAAGGCGCGUUUGCACUCACGGCGCCGUCCAACGUCCAUGCCGUGGGCAUUUCUGGCGAAUACUCGAGCGGAGCGUUCUUCGAGCAUUUUCAUGGGACACAUACCGAGCGCUUGAUAUCAGCGCGCAAUGGAAGCAUCGUCGUCGUCCAGUACGACCGAGACACGCAAAAGAUCACAUUUGACGUCGACGGCGAGCGUGUCGACAGUGCAAGCAUCGACUUGGUGCUGCCGCCGACAGCCGAGCUCUUUCCAUUCGUAUCGUUUUACGCCAUGCCGUAUCCAGACACGGAUGGCGGUGCCUACCUGGGGCAGGUUACCCUUGUGCCCCUACCGUCGCCGUAG